UCUGAAUUGAACAGACUGAAGUGAAAUCUAAACAGGUUGAAGUGCGACUAAUUUCUUGGCAUUGUCUUUCUAUUUAGAGCUCCAAGUAAUUAGUUACGAUGGCUUCUUAUUUAAAUCCUGGGUAACCUCUUGUGCGUUUUGGGCGCGGAAUGGCCGUGACGGGCUGGGCGAUACAAUGCGAACGAACGUUGACAAAGGUGUUGAAGAUAGCACUUGAAGAAAAGUCCCUUUAUGAUGGAACACGCUGCAUUGGACGAGCAGAUGAUGAAGAGAAGAGUUCCGCAUCCAUUCCUAUAACGGAUGGUGCACGGUCUGUACUUUGCAAGGACCCUAUUAUCGCAGCAGGACAGUCUUUUGGUGCAGAGAGCAUUGUCCAGGUGUGCUUGCGACCGUCCAGGGCGUCACUGCUGGUCUCUCCAUCAUUGGCACUGUGUCGUGAUGUUCUGGAGCUUGCCAGACAGUGUGCAAUAUCUGCUGAACAUGUAGCUAUACCACAGAAAUGGCAGUGUCACGCGGACUUGGCUGUGCUUCCACCAGGAUCAUUUACUGAGGAAUGUUGGAAGGCGCACACUCAACGCUUGUGGCUAGUUGUUGCCAAGGCUCUUAAGGUGAAUCGCUUGGUACGGCAAGGCCGAAUCAGUGACACAGGAGAGAGAUUUCCACAGGUUGACCUACUGCUGGGAUCAGAUCCAUGGGUACAUCAUGUUGACAAUGGUGUGACCUAUUCCUUUGAUGUACGUCAUUGCAUGUUCUCACAAGGUAAUAUCACAGAGAAGAUUCGCAUAUCAAAGCUACCCUGCCAUGGCGAAACGGUGGUGGACCUGUUUGUUGGAAUUGGCUACUUCACGUUGCCGUUGUUGAAGCAUGCCGGUGCUGAGUGUGUUCAUGCGUGUGACUGGAACAGCCAUGCUAUUGCAGCACUGAAAGCUGGCGCUAGCUGCAAUCAAGUGCAGGACAGGCUACACACCUACUAUGGUGAUAAUGACAAGGUAUGUCCUGUUGGAAUUGCAGAUCGAGUGCUGCUUGGCCUAAUACCAUGUAGUGGACGUGCAUGGCUGACCGCGUGCAAGGCGCUAAAACCAGCAUCUGGCGGAUGGUUGCACAUUCAUGGCAAUGUUGUCUCGUCGUCUCUUCUCUCUAAACUAACUGGCCACGCCAGUGUUGCUAGUGUUGGUAGCAAGCAGGAGAAUGACAGGAUAGUUGUGGCCUCGGGUGCAAAUGGACUUGACUGUUGCACUGAGAACAACGCCGCAGAGAAUCCUUCUGAACCUCCGGAAAAUGACUUGUUGCCCUGUGGCUCCCCCACUGAGCCAUCUCAUCAAGAGAAUCCUUCUGAACCUCCGGAAAAUGACUUGUUGCCCUGUGGCUCCCCCACUGAGCCAUCUCGUGUGAGCUUUAGCUGGACAAAACACCAGCAGGGCAAUAGUGAUAGUGCCAGUAACACUCCAAUUUGCAGCAGUAAUAGCAGUCAUGGUGCAGCCAUUGCCGGCAUUGCGUCCAGCACCAGCAGCAUGCCACUAGCCGCUUCUGGACACUGUGUAUGCCGUGUGUGUCCCGACUGCAAAACACUGCAUUGUCAAAUGGCCGUGCACACUGGUCUGGGUUCCGGCUGUUCACUUUGCCAUGGCCCAGUCUCUGACGAUGCUGCUGGUCAGUCAAGCUCACUAACCGCCUGCAAGACCUGGGCAGCUGAUGUUGUACUCCAGGUAACUGGCCAUCUUGAAUGGCUGCACACGCACUGCUGGAAGGUCGAGUGUAGACAUAUUGAACAUGUCAAGUCAUAUGCCCCACACAUUGACCAUGUCGUACUCGAUCUGUUUUGUGCACCUUGUUGAGUGGGUAUGCAUACAGGUGGCAAAUACCCAGCUUUAUACCUGCUUUGCCUCGUGUUUGCAUACAUGUGUGCGAGCUGCAUUUCAAGCACUGCAUGCGUUGGACUAAUUUGCAACUGUGCGUUGUGCCACUUUGUUUUGGCCAGACGAACAGGGUCUACUACAGAUGUACAUGUAUACGCAAUCAGAGUAUCCCCCCCCCCCCCCCCCCCCCUCCGUCAGAUCAUUAUUCUUGAUUGCAACGCACACCGCUGCAAGCUUGUUUGCAACUUGCAUCAGUCAACCAGAGUCCUCCGAUUCUGCUCUGUUGUCUUGUACUUAGCCUGCUCGUCUGAGUAA